AUGACAGCAUCGCUUUUCAUUGUCGCGUCGCGCAACUCCGAAGCGCUCGUUAGGUCAAGCCAGCGCCGACUCUUCCCCCGCCUAACACCUCAUUUCGACACUCCCCCCAUCGCGGCACCAUCGCCCGCACCUUUGCCCCCGAUGUCACGAGCUCAAGGUAGAAGCUCUCGCUUUCCUGGCGCCAGUGCCUUUGCCAGCAGCUCCCACCCGGGUACGUCAGGAUUCGGCGGCUUCUCGUCAACCCAGACCGGCAGCGGUCUCUCCUACCUGACCGAGCCUCCCGAUUUCUCCUCCAUUUCUGAUGCGAAUGUUGGUGUCGCCUUCAAGAACUUGCUCAAGAAAGAUGCCACAACCAAGACAAAAGCCCUGGAGGAGCUCGUGGCAUAUGUGAGAGCGCACCCUCACGAGCAGCAUGGAGGGCCCGAAGAGGCGAUUCUGGAAGCUUGGGUUCAAGUGUACCCUCGUAUCUCAAUAGACAAUGCCCGACGGGCGCGCGAGCUCUCACAUACCCUGCAAUUCGAACUUAUGAAAUCUGCGAGAAAGCGCAUGGAGAAACGGGUGCCGAAAGUGGUUGGCACCUGGCUCGCGGGCACAACAGACAAGGAUCGCGCAGUCGCAAACGCGGCCAGCCAAGGCCUCUCGUCCUUGCUGACCAACAUCGACAAGGUCCUCGCUUUCUGGAAGAAAUGCCAGCCUCAGAUUCUCACGUACGCGGCUGACGCGAUACGAGAAACCAAAGAUACCCUUAGCGACGAACGAUCGACGACGGCCGACGAUGCGGAGGCGAAAUACUACCGUGUCGUAAACUCAAGUCUGUCUUUGGUCCUUGAACUACUACAGAAGCUGGAGCAAGCCGAUCUUGACGCCGAGGCGGAUUCGUACGACAUCUUCUUCUCAGAGGACGUGGUAUGGAAGAGUGCGACCUUUGCCGACUCAGCGGUCAGGAAGGUCACCUGCGAGCUUCUAUGGGUCUGUUUGGAGAAGAGACACGAUUCUGUCGCAUCACAAGUGCCAAGACUGAAGAAGAUCUUUGUCACAGAAGGACUUAAGAGCAACCAGACCGGCUCUGCAGUUGAGUAUGUGAGGGUCCUUACCCGCUUGACGCAAAAGUUUCCCGAGAUCUGGUCAUCAAGCAGCGACAAGAAGACGCCUAUCUCUCGUCUACAGCUUUUCUUGGAAAAGGGGUCGCAGGGUAGCUCGGUCAAGUUCUGGGGCUACCUGGAGCAGUUGCUCGCAGUACUUCCAACCGAACAACUGACUCACGAAUCCGCGUCCGACAUUCCAAGGUCGUUGAGAGUCGGUAUUGCGAGUCGUGGAGAACCUCGGAUCAACGCGCCAUCAGCCUGGACAUGCUACGUUCGCGCCGCACGGCACUUUCUCGCCUUGUUGCCGUCCGACGGCCCCCAAUCUCAAUUCCUUCUUGACCAUAUUUUCCCUCUCAUUAGCCACUACCUGAAACCCACGACGGAAACGACGGGAUGGGACGUGGGAGGCAAAGCAGGUACACUGGUUCUUGUGGAAGCAUUCGGCAUCACCAUAGACCGUCACCUUGACGGGGCUCAAACAGAGACUGCAGAUGCAUGGCAGCGGCUAUCUGCCGAAUUAUGUUCCAAGAUAUCCAACUCCCUUCCAGAGGUGUCGAAAGACUACGAAAAGUCACAAGAUGCCGUUGCCCAAGAGGGCGACCGGUGGUUCUCACUUGUCGGUCAAAUCCACACCAAAAUGACUGCCGCGCACCAGAAAGCGCAGGUCCUGGACCGUCCUUCCAAGGACAUCGUGUUUCGCGCCAUUGAAUUGCUGGCGAACAGAAACCUGAAGCCUUAUGGCGCUGCGAGCGUACUGCACAGUGUUGGCCGACAUGCUUCCUUCAUUUGGGAAGACAAAUCCGUUCUGACAGCAUUCGAGAAAUUCCUACUUGAGCAGGGCCGUGACCACAUGGACUUAAUCCUUACCUCACGGUCGCGUAAAGACCUCGUCGCCUGUGUAUCAGGCUUGGGAGCUUCACAAAACCAACAUGCAGCAUUCCUCACGAUUUGGAAGACUUGGAUCGACACACUUAUCCUUCAGCAAGAGCAGCCUGCAGCACUCGAAGCUAUCGGAAGUUUAGCAACGUCACAAGGUGGAAUAACGUUUGCCUCGUCUCAUGCAGGCUACCAGGACUUGUUGGCAGCAAAAGCGUCUCAAUCCUUGCAAGGUUCUAUCGAUGCAUGGUCAUUCCUAGAGGAGGCCUUCAUCAAAGGAACUGUCACUGAUCGUGUAUUGGAAAGUAUCGUUCAAGAGGCACUCACUCUUCUUGGCCGAGAAAAAAAACAAACCGACAACGCCGUACGAGCCCUCGAGAUUAUUGCCAGCCGCAACCCUACGCAACUUUCACGGGAUGAUACAACGCACAUGGCUCUCAUUACAUCUUUACUUGGCCUAGCUGAAUUGGACGAUUCUACCAUCUCAUCCCGUGCUAGCACAUUGCGAUCUCUCAUCGACAAGCCAUCAGGCGGGAAGCAAGCCGCUGUGGCAAUCAUACAAAGAAACUUGGAGGAUGCGAAUCAGCAAUCACUUGGUAUCGAAACACUAUGUCACCAAGCUAUCCAAGCCGCCGAGGGCGGCGAUGUCGCUAUCAAAGAACUACUCCCAAACACUACUACAAGAGACCUGACGCCGUUGGGUGUCUACAGCGCCAGAGCCCUCAAUGACCUUAUCGGGACUCUGACAGAUCAUCAUGGCCCACCCUCGUCGGUCGAUAAUGUGCUUGCCAGAUUUGACGCGGUGAAGGCAUCACCUACGACUAUUCUCGGCGCUGUUGCUCUCUUAGACGGAUUUGGGGAGGUGCUGCAGUCAUCGAAGCUCGUCAAUACGCUUUGCAACCGCCUGAUCAGCGACGCAGCAGGACUUUCAGCCCAAUCCGACAAGACUUUGCCCACGCUUGUGCUCCUCAACACCUGCACCCGGGUCUUUGGUGUCGGAGAGAUACCCGUUGCUAACAAUCGAUUGGUAUUUGCGAUCCGUCAAAUCACCUCUUGGCUAGAUGACCCGGUUGGCUUGACCCCAGCUCUGUCGGCGGAGAUUUGUCGAGCAUUGCACAUGCUGCUUCCCAGCAUAAAAGACGUAUAUGGACCGCACUGGGAGCGCACGAUUGAGUUCUGCACGACGCUCUGGUCCAAGGCUGCAUCUGAUGAUCUAGAGGACGCUAUUCCUUACAUCCAUGCGUCUUUGAGGCUUAUGAAUGCCCUCGAGUCUAUCUCUGAGCCUAACGAUGACCUGGUAGACGCCAUUCAGGAAUCCGCCGAGAACAAAUCGCGUGCUCUCUUGACGCUCCUCGAGAUGCCGAGGGAGAAGAGCACGCAGCCGCUAGAGAUUAUUGACGGUCUUAUCUGCCGGCAGGUUGAGAAGAUCCAACUGAAGCAUAUUGCCGACCUCUCAGACCUCUAUGGUCUCGUGUCUUCAGAGUCGCGCGACAUUCAAACUGCUGCCUUCAGCUUGCUUCACCGGUCAUUGCCAGCCAAACAAGAGCAGCUGUCGAUUGAUGUUCUUUUGGAGAAGUCUGACGCGCGUCUACCUGAUGAAUUGCUCUCUCUACUGCUAGAGGCGCCGACCCUGGAAAAGUAUUCAGACGAGGUUCUCGCCCAAUUUCCCACGGCGAUACGAUCUUACCUCCUUACAUGGUGCCUCGUCUUCGACGCCUACAGCACCGCAUCUCUGAAAGUUCGAAACGACUAUACUGAGCACUUGAAGACCGAAAAUUACGUCGGCCCUCUGAUGGAGUUUACGUUUGAUGUUCUCGGCCACUCUGCCGCCCACGCCUUAAACCUCGAUCGCGAGGGACUCGCAAUCGAGCAGAUCAAAUCCUACGACCUCAAGGUUGCCGAUUCAGAACCUGAGGAAAAGAAUUUGCACUGGCUCCUCGUCCACCUGUAUUAUUUGACUUUGAAGUAUAUUCCUGGUCUUUUCAGGGCCUGGUACAUAGAGUGCCGCUCGAAGCAGACCAAGAUUGCAGUGGAGGCAUGGAUGAUCAAAUACUUCUCACCCUUGAUCAUCUCCGAGGUUCUCGACGAAGUUGCCGUCUGGGCGUCGUCGCAAGAGGCACCGGCUGCAGAUGAGAACGAGUUGGUCGUCAAGGUAAGCCCGACGGCCAAGGAAAUCACAGCUGGAUACGAAGUCGACGAGUCACUGGCGUCCAUCGCCAUUCGAGUCCCGGCGGGCUACCCUCUUGAAGGCGUCAACGUCGUCGGACUCAACAGAGUUGCGGUCAAUGAGCGCAAGUGGCAGAGCUGGUUGAUGACGACUCAGGGUGUCAUUACGUUCUCGAACGGCAGCAUCAUUGACGGCCUCACCACCUUCCGUCGCAACAUCGUUGGCGCCCUCAAGGGUCAGAGCGAGUGCGCCAUUUGCUACUCCAUCAUCUCAACGGAUAAGAAGAUGCCGGAUAAGAAAUGUUCAACCUGCAAAAACCUCUUUCACCGAACCUGCUUGUAUAAGUGGUUCCAGAGCAGCAACCAGAACACAUGUCCUCUGUGUCGUAACCCGAUCGACUAUCUUGGCUCGGAUGUGAAGACGAGGAGGGCAGCAGCUGCGUGA